UGAGCCCUCCUCUUCGUGCGGCCCCUCUGUGCUGCGGCUGGUUCCACUACGUCAGCUCGUCCCGUCGCUGGUGAACAUGUCUGCGACGGGUCCAGGCGGCUGUGCCCCGGGACCCGGACCCGCCUCGGGAUCCGGGUCCGGGGCUUCUAACCCGCGAAAGUUUAGUGAGAAGAUCGCGCUGCACACCCAGCGACAGGCGGAGGAGACGGCCGCCUUCCAGGAGGUCAUGAUGGACAUCACCUCCACCAGGCUCCAGGCUCAGAAGCUCCGUCUCGCCAGGAGUCAGGGUCCGUACUACGGCGGCUCGUUACCCAACGUCAACCAGAUCGGCAGGAGCCCUCAGGACUAUCAGGGCUCCUUCCCCUCCACUCUGGAGUCCAGCAGGUCGACUCGCCAUCACGGCCUGGUGGAGCGAGUCCAGAGGGACCGCCGCUUCAUCUCGCCAGUCCGACCGUACCGCAACCGACCGGUGGACAACUCACCGUAUAACUCCGCCUACCUGUCACCGCCUCCUGACCCCAGCUGGAGAAGGAAUUGGUCCGGAAACUUCCCUGGGGAUAAAAGCCAGUCCUUCCGUCUCCCCACCACUGCACUCAACAGGUGAAUCCUCCUCAUCCUCCUCUUCCUCUCCUUCCUUCUUUCCUUCCUCCAGCCCCCACCCUGACCGUGACAGCGGAACAAGGAAUGUGGGUGAAAA